AGACCUUCGCUCGUCCAGCGCAGGGCUGGUGCGUAUUGAGUGAGACGGACGUUGGACGGCCAGAGCAAUGAUUGGCGAAGUAACUCUCGGGUAAGUCAGGAAACUGAUGGGGCAUGGCUGCGAUGGGUUUGCGGGGAGCACGGUCCCACUUGCGGGAUUGAAGCUUUCCUCUGAUCUCAUCGUUGGCUUAGACGUGUAUGGUUUUCUGACCCAGCGCCCUCGUUCGACUCGCUCUCGCUCUACCACCCUCCGCUAGAGUAACCCAAACCCCCCUGGCCGCGGUGCUCAAAGGAUUUGGCUUGUACGGGUUUGCGUCACUGCAAUUGAAGCCACCACCACCACAUCGGCCAACGCUGAGCCGCAGUCCACCCCUCUCUUCGUUCUUCCUCCUCCUCUUCUAGUCUUUCCUUCAGCCCGUUACGAGGAGCAACUUUCUGCUCGGCUGUUCCGUUCGAACCGAAAAUAACAACUUACCUUCUACGAUGCCUGCAGGUCCCCCAAAACAACGAAAGGUCGCUCUUGUAGGCGCACGAUCAGUCGGCAAGUCGUCCCUCACGGUGCGCUAUGUUGACGGCCACUUUGUCGAGAGCUACUACCCGACUAUCGAGAACACCUUCUCCAAGGUCAUUCGGUACAAAGGGCAAGAUUUCGCGACCGAGAUCAUAGAUACGGCAGGUCAGGAUGAGUACUCGAUCCUAAACUCCAAGCAUUUUAUUGGCAUCCACGGCUACAUGAUUGUCUAUUCGGUCGCAAGCAAGCAGUCCUUCGAGAUGGUACGCAUCAUCCGCGAUAAGAUCCUCAAUCACCUUGGCCAGGACACCGUGCCCAUGGUCAUUGUAGGGAACAAAAGCGACGUACGGCCAGAGCAGAGGCAGGUUUCGAAAGAAACAGGACAGAACCUCGCCGCCGAGUUCAAGUGCGCUUGGGUCGAGACGAGCGCUCGGUACGAUGAAAAUGUGGGAAAGGCAUUCGAUGCUGUUAUUGCGGAGAUUGAGCAGAGUCAGAACCCGAAUGAACCUGCCGGCGGUAACAAAUGCGCUGUCAUGUAGGCUAGCGUGCGUUGGCAACAUCACUGAUGCAUAAUUUUUUUCAAUGCAGGUCCGUCGAUACCGGUGUCGAGGCGGUUUGUACGACUAGUAGAACGGGGUUUCAUACCGCUAUAGCGGGCGUUAAAUGGCAUUAGUGAUUAUGCUUCGGGUGGCUGUUUGCGUCCGCCUUGGGAAGAGCCUGAAAGUGUUGCUUACGACCGUCGUGUAUCGUUUUAGCGAAUCAACUUGAUACAUUGGGAGGAGAAUU